UCUCUUAUCCUUUUUUUGGAUAUCGGCCUCCCACCAACUGCUGCUUGUUGGUGGGAAAGGAUUUAACCCAGAAGCUGUGUUCUUCUUGUCAUAUGCCGCACCCCAGUUUCCCUUCUCUACCGAGCUCCUGCUGCCGGGACUGUACACACGAUGAGCACAGGCAAACCGGAACCCCGGACAUCAGCUCCUCCAAAAGCGCCACCAACACCUCCCUCUCCUCGACUGCCCCUUCCCCUCUCCUCUCCGGUCAUCCGAAAGAGGGCCAUCCAGAUAUCGUCCUUCAGUGACAGGGGAUUACUUCUACACAGGCCCACUCAAAGGCAGUCUCCCACUGUCAGCAAAAAGGCAUUUCCAUCACCUUCUUCCUCUGAAUCCUGCCUCAGCUCUUUGCAUCUUGCCAGUUCUCCAGAUUCCAAAUGUAGCGCAAGGACUCAGUCAAAACCCAAGGUUUCAGCUGGAUCAGCACAGGAAAUUGAAACGCCUCAACCAGCCGUUUACGUUUCUUCAUUAAAUCGCCAAAAUGCAGCUCCAAAAAAGGAAAGACCCUCGGCCCUUCUUACUCCCAAAACCAGAAAAAGCGCCACUCUUCAGGCAGGCCUAAUCGCAGCAACUAAAAACCAAGACUCAUUAAGAUUAAGUCCCGCUCUCUCUAAAAAAAUGAGGAGUGUGCCUAUUCCUGUCUUUGAUAACGGGGGUCAGGGAGGCCAAACCAGGGAGCAGCUUCCGGAAGCAGCAGAUUGCAAGACAACCAGUGGCCGAGACCCACCCUUACAGCUUACACAGUGCGGGCUUGUCAACAGCAGCAAGGUACCCAUCGCCAGGCAAAGGUCCUUCUCUCAAAGCCUAAAUUUCAGUGGUGAACCUCUGAAAGGAUUUAACCCAGAAGCAGAGGCCUGCCAGACCAAGAGCAGAGCUGAGAGUCCCGACCUGAAUCAAGCCCUGCCUGGGAUUAAAAAAAGCGGGGGAACCCCAGAAUCCACCCCUAAACCUCUACUUCGCAAAGGGUGGAACCUCCAGGAGCAACCUUCCAAGAGACAUUCUGACCGGGGAACAAAAGAUAGAGACCAUCAGCUUUGCCUCAUCCAGGCUGGCAAUACAAAAGCCAAACAGCACAUUCUGAGGAGUCAAGGAUGCAGAACUUCAAAAUCUGAAGCUCAGGAUUCCCAAGGGAAUCCCCACUCUCCCCAUUUGCCUUUUAAAUCAAAGAGGAGUGAACACAUCUCCCAUUCGAGCACCAGACUUCCACAGACCGUAAAAGAAAAGUUUGUUGAAGGACUCCCUUGUCCAACGGUCAAAAUCCUAGACACUAAAUCACGCCUAAAUCAGGCCGAUCCUUCUAAACAAUCCGGUCCAACUCUGCGUCAGAACUGGCAAGAUGCAAAAGAGCAGAAUCAAAAGAAUCCACUCAUGCCUCAAACAAAUGAAAAGUUCAACAAACAAAGACUGGCUUUAAAUUCUGCUUCUAGCCAAGAGUUAACAUCAGUCCACAGUCAACCACAGGAGACAGCCCCCGACUCUGUAGCUCAAUCCUUUCUUCAUGCUGACAAACAAGACCCACUGCCUCUGUCGUUACAGAGUGCAGGUGUUGAUGGGCGUGAGAUGAUUAGUGAUGGAGAACACAUGAAAUUUAAACAGCUGCCCCACACUCAUAAGAAAAGUGAAUUGUUUAGGUACAGCAAAAACACAUACAGUGAAUCAAGCUACCGUGACACGACAGCUCAAAUCAAAGACAGACACACCGACAGGGAACAAGACUCACGAGACACCGGCUUCCCUCCUUCUGAAAGAGGACACAUUGUCACCUCCAGUCCUAGGCUUGAGCAUGGCAUGCAACCACAAACAAAAAUUCCAGAUUCCAGAUUUUCUGAAAAUAGAAAGUUCCGAAGAAGGAAUCUCCACCAUACUGAUGGUGUGGAAUGCCGUGGAUUUCUCCCUUCCGUGGCUCCCAGUGGAUCGCGGUCAAAAACAAUGGAUUCGGCAAGAGACAAUAUUAAACAAAAUCAACUCACUUUAAAUACUUCCAAACAAGACCAUUUGUUGUGUGACCAUUUUGGCCCUACAGUUUGUGAUAGUAAGCCUGAGCAUGUCAUGGGCCAUAACCCUGAACACAAGCCUGAUUUCUGUCCUAGUACGUAUGCCACAGAAAUAAUUAAAAACAACAACAGUGUCCUGAAGUUGUCUCAGUCUGAGCCAACCCAAACAGGUUCUCAAUCCUACAGUGAAGCAGACUACUCUGCAAAUGAGUGGACCCUCAGGUGGCUUCUUUCCAUUGAUCAGAACCGACCCAAAACUGUGCCCCACAGCUGUGCUGGUUCUAAUGAGGUCUCAAAGCAACGUACCGACGAGCUGAGGUGCUCUUCGCUGCACGGGUCGGGUUCACCUCCGUCCAGCCGUGUACCGGCCUCUGAGAAGCCCAAAAGGUUCCCCGCACACGCAGAGGGCCAUCUGGCUUUGGAGGGUAAGUACAGAGAAAAGUCGGGGCGCAAAAAGGGUCGGAGAAUUGUGAGUUGCACUUUUUAA